AGAACCUGACAGAACUGCCACGAUGCUGCUAAUCUGGACACUUUCGCUGUUGCUGGGAGCGGUAGUAGGAAGCGAAGUUUGCUUUGAGAGACUUGGCUGCUUCAGCAAUGAGUCCCCAUGGGGAGGAACUUUGCAAAGACCCUUCAAAACAUUGCCCUGGUCUCCAGAAGAGGUCAACACCCGCUUCCUCCUGUACACUAAUGAGAACCCAAACAGCUUUCAAGAAAUUACUGCAGAUGCAUCAACUAUCAAGAGCUCCCAUUUCAAAACAAGUAGAAAAACCCGCUUUAUUAUUCACGGAUUCAGGGAUAGUGGAGAAGAAAGCUGGCCAUCCGAAAUAUGCCAGAACCUGUUGAAGGUGGAAAGUGUGAACUGUAUCUGUGUGGACUGGUCGACUGGCGCUGACACCGGAUACACACAGGCCACAGAGAACGUCCGGAUUGUGGGGGCGGAAGUGGCAUAUCUUGUUGGAGUUCUUCGGUCGUCAUUAAGCUACUCACCUUCCAACGUCCAUGUCAUUGGCCAUAGCCUGGGUGCUCACGUUGCAGGGGAGGCUGGAAGGACAACCAGUGGAGCCAUUGGACGGAUCACAGGAUUGGAUCCAGCUGAACCUUGCUUUCAGAGCACACCUGAAUUAGUCCGAUUGGACCCCAGCGAUGCCCAAUUUGUGGAUGUAAUUCACACAGACGCUGCCCCCAUGAUCCCCAACUUGGGGUUUGGAAUGAGCCAAAUUGUGGGCCACCUAGAUUUCUUUCCAAAUGGAGGAGAAGAAAUGCCUGGAUGUCAGAAGAACAUUCUCUCUCAGAUUGUUGACGUAGGGGGGAUCUGGGACGGAACCCGGGACUUUGUGGCUUGCAAACAUCUGAGAAGCUACAAGUAUUACUUGGAGAGCAUCCUCAAUUCUGAUGGGUUUGCUGCAUACCCCUGCGACUCCUAUAGGACCUUUGAUUCUAACAAGUGCUUCCCCUGUCCAGAUGCAGGGUGCCCGUAGAUGGGCCACUAUGCUGAUCAAUUUGCCAGCAAGACAAGUGAGGAGCAGCAGAAAUUCUUCCUGAACACAGGAGAUUCCAGCAGUCUUGCCCGCUGGAGAUACGGGAUUUCUGUAACACUGUCUGGGAGAACAGCCACCGGUCAGGUCCAAGUUGCUUUGUUCGGAAAUAAGGGAAACACUCACCAAUAUAUCUUCAGGGGGAUUAUCCAACCAGGCUCCACUCAUUCCAAUGAGUUUGAUGCAGAGUUGGGUGUUGGAACAAUUGAGAAAGUCAAGUUUCUUUGGAAUAACAACAUGGUGAACCCAACCCUCCCCCGAGUGGGUGCAGCCAAGAUCACGGUGCAGAAGGGAGAGGAGAGGACAGUGUACAGCUUCUGUAGCGAAGAUACAGUGGGAGAAGACGUUCUGCUCACGCUCAUGCCCUGCCAAGCUCCAGGCACAAUGUAG